UUAAUGUGUUUGUAGGAGAAGGCAAGCACCUCUGCCAUCUUGAUCAUUUUCUUCCAGAUAAGAUCUUGAUACCGGUAUAGCAGAAGAGGUAAACUGCUAAGUGGUUAUCUGCUUUAGAACUUUUUAAUUGUAUCUGUAAAGUUAAAGCAUGAAAUAUUUUUUAGGCUUUUGUUAUAUCUAGUUUCUAUAUUUUGUGAAAGUAUUUUCCAUUGUUCUUGCUAUUAAUAUAUCCUGCCAUUUUCAGGUAAUUACAGCCAAACUUACACAAGUAAGUUCCAAUAUGCCUUCCAGCCCUGAUAGUUCUUCCGAUUCCUCAACUGGAUCUCCUGGAAAUAUUUGUCAUCGCUAUAGUGACGGUCCUAAUCCAGAAGUGGAACGCUGUUUGCCUGGAGUGAUAAUGUCACAACAUCCCAGGUAUAUCUCUUUCCUUUGGCAAGUUGCAGAUUUAGGUAGCAAUCUGAAUAUGCCACCUCUUAGAGAUGGAGCAAGAAUACUUAUGAAACUCAUGCCAAUAGAUAGCACAACAGUAGAAAAAUUAAGAGCUAUUUGUUUGGACCAGGCAAAACUUGGAGAAAAUAACCUUGGACAGUCUAUUGAUUCACUUUUCUUUGGUCCUUCUGCUUCCCAAGUCCUAUACCUAACAGAGGUAGUUUAUGCCUUGUUAAUGCCUGCUGGUACACCUUUGGCAGAUGACUCCUCUGACUUUCAGUAUCACUUCUUGAAAAGUGGUGGCUUACGCCUUGUGUAUAGUAUGCUGACAAGAAAUAACUUUCUGCCAAAUACAGAUACCGAAACACGAAGGGGUGCUUACCUUAGUGGUCUUAAAAUAGCCAAACUCUUGCUAACUGCUAUAGGCUAUGGCCAUGUUCGAGCUGUAGCAGAAGCUUGUCAUCCAGUUGUAGAUGGUGCAGAUCCUGUAACUCCGAUUAACCAAGUUACUCAUGAUCAAGCAGUGGUGCUACAAAAUGCCCUUCAGAGCAUUCCUAAUCCAUCAUCUGAGUGCAUGCUUAGAAACAUAUCAAUACGUCUUGCUCAGCAAAUAUCUGAUGAGGCUUCAAGAUAUAUGCCUGAUAUUUGUGUACUUAGAGCCAUACAAAAAAUCAUCUGGGCAUCAGGAUGUGGGGCAUUAGAGCUAAUAUUUAGCCCUAAUGAAGAAAUCACUAAAAUUUAUGAGAUGAGCAUUAAUGCAAGCAAAGGACCAGACAUGGAAGAUGAACAGGUUUGCUGUGAAGCAUUGGAAGUGAUGACAUUAUGUUUUGCUCUAAUUCCAACAGCCCUGGAUGCUCUUAGUAAAGAAAAGUCCUGGCAGACAUUUGUCAUUAACUUAUUAUUGCACUGUCCCAGCAAAACUGUUCGUCAACUGGCACAGGAGCAGUUUUUUUUAAUGUGUACCAGAUGUUGCAUGGGACACAGGCCUCUGCUUUUCUUCAUUACUCUGCUCUUUACCAUUUUGGGGAGCACAGCAAGAGAGAGAGGUAAACAUUCAGAUGACUAUUUCACUCUUCUACGGCACCUUCUUAAUUAUGCUUACAAUAGUAAUAUUAAUGUACCUAAUGCUGAAGUUCUUCUCAACAAUGAAAUUGAUUGGCUUAAAAGAAUUAGGGAUAAUGUUAAAGACACAGGAGAAACAACAGGUAUUGAAGAGCCAGUAUUAGAAGGCCACCUUGGAGUAACAAAAGAGUUAUUGGCUUUUCAAACGCCUGAGAAAAAGUGUCAUAUUGGUUGUGAAAAAGGUGCUAAUCUCAUUAAAGAACUAAUUGAUGAUUUCAUCUUUCCUGCCUCCAAAGUUUACCUACAAUGUCUGAGAAAUGGAGAACUACCAGCUGAGCAGGCCAUCCCAGUUUGUAGUUCACCGGCCACCAUCAAUGCUGGGUUUGAACUGCUUGUAGCACUAGCUGUUGGCUGUGUAAGGAAUCUCAAACAGAUAGUAGAUUGUUUGACUGAAAUGUAUUACAUGGGCACAGCAAUAACUACUUGUGAAGCACUUACUGAGUGGGAAUAUCUACCACCUGUUGGACCCCGUCCACCGAAAGGAUUUGUGGGACUCAAAAAUGCUGGAGCUACUUGUUACAUGAAUUCUGUGAUCCAGCAGCUGUACAUGAUUCCUUCCAUCAGGAACAAUAUUCUUGCAGUUGAAGGCACAGGUAGUGAUAUAGAUGAUGAUAUGUUCAGUGAUGAGAAACAAGAGAGUGAGAGUAAUGUUGAUCCCCGAGAUGAUGUAUUUGGAUAUACUCAUCAGUUUGAGGACAAACCAGCAUUAAGCAAAACAGAAGAUAGGAAAGAGUACAAUAUUGGUGUCCUAAGACACCUUCAGGUCAUCUUUGGUCAUUUGGCUGCUUCCCGGCUACAAUACUAUGUGCCCAGAGGAUUUUGGAAACAGUUCAGGCUUUGGGGUGAACCUGUUAAUCUACGUGAACAACACGACGCCUUAGAGUUUUUUAAUUCUUUGGUGGAUAGUUUAGACGAAGCUUUAAAAGCUUUAGGACAUCCAGCUGUUCUAAGCCAAGUCUUGGGAGGGUCCUUUGCUGAUCAGAAGAUUUGCCAAGGCUGCCCACAUAGAUACGAGUGUGAAGAAUCUUUUACAACUCUGAAUGUAGAUAUCAGAAAUCACCAAAACCUUCUUGAUUCUUUGGAACAGUAUAUCAAAGGAGAUUUAUUGGAAGGUGCAAAUGCAUACCGUUGUGAAAAAUGUGAUAAAAAGGUAUGUAUUGUUUGUUAAUGCAUAGGGGGAUGCAUUGAUAGAACUGGAAAACUUCAAAGUUGUUUGUUUUUAACCUUAACAUUUACUUCUGCUUUGCUACAGUGCUAUAGGGAGGGAGUCAAGGUGAUAACUGAUUUAAAGAGUUGUCAGGGAAACAAUACUGAAAGAAAAUAAUAAUGAACCUGGAAAAAUUCUUUGA